CAAAUUCACAGUUUAGAAGAAGAGGUAAAAGUUACGUCUGAGACUAUAGUGAUGCCACCCACGAUCGGGAUCGGGAUGAAAAAUAAAAUGUCGAGUCCUUUUUUGCACCAAUACGGGACGCGAUUUGUUCCGUAUUUUCGUACAUUAAAGACACCAGUUUAACCUAAAAAUCGGAAAAACGCAUUGAAAGUAGCAACCCGACCUGAGAUGUCGGUGUAUAUUAUACGCCGGGGCCGGUGCCUAGCGCUGGCCGCGGCUCCUUGGCUGUAAUGCGCCCGACGGCUCGGCACCGCCGCCCUCCGUGUUUGCCGAGCUUAAUGAUUAAACAGCCGCUCCCCUUAAUCUCCGUGACUGCGGCGUCCACUCCGGACGGGAGCCAUUUUAACACAGUCCCUUCGUCUCGUGGAUGUCCCGUUGGUCACCAGAGCUGGUGAGUAGGGAGUCCAUCAUUGUUCAUUUCAGACGGAUAUAGCAUGAGCUCUGUGGAUGUGCCUUUCAAGAAGAGCUCAGAGGAACACUGGAACCAGGGACCAGAGUCUGGCCGACUUGAUGACCUGGAUGACGCUCCUUCAGCGCUGAGUGACACCCUGUACACUGAACCCCUACACCACAAUGAUUUCAGUGACACCACCAGCUUACCCUCAGCGGAGCAGAUAGAGGAGCAGAGGAGAAAAGGGUGGAAGAAGUUCCUCCCACCUGUAUGGGGGGGUCUUCUUGGGAGGUGGAGGACUCGUACGACAUGGUCAGGCUCCCCGAGGGUGGUAAUCCUCCCCAAUGGGACUCGUGUGAGCCCUCCUGUCAGCCCCCUGCCGGGACGCCGGUACCAGGGUAUCAGUGACUCCCUGAGCUCACACAGACCGCUGCUGGACAGCACCCCUACCGGCUCGUCCCGGAACGAGGCCUUGUACCAGGAUGCCCAGGUGUCGGCGGCCGAGUGCUACGCGGAGAAACUGGAAGCGUACCAGCUGAAAUACUCCUACAUGAAGUCAUGGCCAGGUUUGCUAAGGUUGCUUGCUGGCCUGCAGCUCCUCUUCGGAGGCAUGGUGCUGGCCUGCGUUUGCGCCUAUGUCCAGAAGGACAGCGAGUGGAGCAACCUCUAUAGCCUUGGGGGUUUUCCCGGCUACUCCGCCUCAGGCUAUUACUACCGGGGCCCCAUGACCAUGUUUGUGCUGGCGGUGGCUGGCGUGGCCUGGCUGGUCACCGUGAUCCUGCUCGUCCUGGGCCUCACCAUGUACUACCGCUCCAUCCUGCUGGACUCGCAGUGGUGGCCGCUGACGGAGGCCGCGCUCAACCUGGUCGUCUUCGUGCUCUACAUGGCGGCGGGCGUGGUCUAUCUCAACGACCUGAACCGCGGUGGGCUCUGCUACACGACCCCAGGCUUCAGCCCGCUGGUGUCUGCCCUGUGCCGCGUGGAGGGCGGCCAGAUGGCCGGGACGGCCUUCAUCUUCAUCAACAUGCUGACCUACCUGAUCAGCUUUCUUGUGUGCCUCAAAAUGUGGCGACACGAGGCAGCGAGGCUGCGGAGGGAGGCCCAGGGGGCUGAGCCCCUCCCUGCCCCCCCUUAUGAGGCGCCCCACCUCGUCCAGGACCGGAGCCAGCUAAGGGUGGCCACGUCCCGGCAGGGGGGGCACAGAGGGGGCUCUCUGAGGGUCAGCAAGAGGAUCCAUUUCGCCGAGGAAGGGGAGGACCCGGGCAAGCUGAGCCGGGCCAUUCCCACGGGACACGUCCCCAAGCCCCGAGUGGUGGCCGACUACAUCAUAAAGUAUCCCACUAUCCGCUCCCUGGAGGACCGUGAACAGUACAAGGCCGUCUUCAAUGACCAGUACACAGAGUACAAGCAGCUGCACGGGGAGGUCAACUCCACGCUGAGCAAGUUCAGUGAACUGGACCGAACCAUGGGCAGACUCCUCACUGACAUCAGGACCCCCGAGGAUCAGGAGAGAGUUUCCCGGCUCAUAAAGCAGUACAAGGAGAAAAAAUAUGAUCCCUCAUUUUUGGAGAAAAAGGAACGAUGCGAGUACCUGAAGGCCAAACUGAACCAUAUCAAGGGCCGCAUUCAGGAUUUUGACCGGAGGGGGGGCGGGGCCGACUGAACGCCUCUUCCUGCUGUCCACAUCCUGUCCCUACGGCACAGCCUCUCUCUCUCUGCAGGAUACCCGAUAGCUCUGCUCAUUAAUCUCAGAUCAGCAGUGACAGUGAAGUGAUACCUUUACAGUAUAAUCAUCCAGUGUAUGGAAUCUAAGCCAAAGGAUGUCUAACAUUCAAUACAUUUUUUGGUUUAAAAUGGGUGUACAUAUGUGUCAUAAUUUUUUUUUUAUUCCAGUUUAUUGUAAAUUUAAAAGAUUAUUGUCGAUUUAUAAGAUUAUUGUAAAUUUAUGAUUAUUGUAAAUUUAUAAGAUUAUUGUAAAUUUGCCAUCACUUGGAAGUAUUUCAUGUAAAAAAUACAAUAAAAACCAGGAAAGACUGAAA